UUUUAUUUUAUUAUUUGUUCAACAGGGUAAAAUAGAGGAGAACUUGCGACCAUACAAGAAGGGAAGUGUCACCAAGAAAAAACUUAAGAUUAAUGAAGUUAUGCCAAAUGGAGAAUUUGGCGACUCCGUGGAUAUGACGUGUAGUGACGACACGGCCGUCGCCUUGGACGAACACCUAAGGAAAAUCCAUGGGGACUCAUGGAUAAUGGCGAGGGGCAUCCAAAUUAAUCCGUAUUAUGGAUGGGAAGACAACGUGAAGUACACGAUUGUUUUAGGACUGCAGUGUGUGGGAGAGGGUGAAGUGUGGCUUGUGUCAUGUAGACCCCCAAUCACCAAGAAACCCAUAAAAAAUUUGACCACGAUUAGUCAGUGCAACAACCCCAUAAACAAAAGAACAUUGUUUGCAGUUAUCAAUGAAAUCAUUAAGAAACCACAAAGAACUACAAAAGGAACAUAUCACUUAAUCCUAUGUUUGGUCGAUCCCACCUGCCUAGAGCACAACGCCCCCAGAAAGAACCUUCCACUUCACAUGUUCCUGAAUGAUUAUAGCAUAAAAAAUCUCCCUGGUGUCAUCUCCAGAGGCGACAUAAUCCAAGUGAAGAACAUGGUGGUACGUUGACCCUGUGUAUAGCUCUGUAUGGUAUAGUGGUGGUGUACUCUACACCCUCUCUGUAAAGUUCUCUCGUUCGUGUACAAUUAUCUAAACGCUCUAUGACCAAGGUACAGUAUUAGGGUGUUUAAU